GUAAAUGUCUAAUUUUAGCAACAUGCCCGUUUCAUUGGAUUAAUGAGCGCGUUUGUGAGGCGUAUUUCGCAGAAAUUUGGGAGUGUCACUUCAACUUCGUUAAGAAACUCAGGAUUUUUUUCAGGCCUUCUGGGGCUAGAUUCAAGGAUUAAGCGCCAGGGCUCGCCACUCCUGUACCUGCCAGGCAGGAUGCCUCCAACAGGGGAUGCUCGUGCGUAUGUCACUGACCUUACUAAGACGCACAAGGUCAUGGUCUUCAGCAAGUCAACAUGCCCUUUCUGUGUCAAGGUUAAGGAUCUGUUCAAGUCCAUUGAUGUUACCUACCAGGCUAUCGAGCUGGACCAGGAAAAGGAUGGUUCCGCAAUCCAGGCAACUCUUGCUGACCUGACGGGGCAAAGGACAGUUCCUAACGUCUUCAUUCAAGGCAAACAUCUGGGCGGGUGUGAUGCCACAUUGAAGGCCCACGCUGAGAACAAACUGCUUCCAAUGAUCAAUCCCCCAACAGACAAAUAUGACUACGACCUCAUUGUGAUAGGUGGGGGGUCAGGAGGCCUUGCUGCCUCGAAGACAGCAGCAGGUCUUGGCAAGAAAGUGGCAGUGUUUGACUUUGUCGAGCCCACACCCAAGGGCACUACAUGGGGUCUGGGAGGUACUUGUGUAAAUGUUGGCUGUAUACCAAAGAAACUGAUGCACCAGGCAGCAAUUCUGGGCCACAGUAUAGAAGACGCUAGACACUAUGGCUGGAAAAUUCCAGAGAAAGUGGAACACAACUGGGACACAAUGAAAAAUGCAAUACAAGAUCAUAUAGGUUCCUUGAACUGGGGCUAUCGGGUACAGCUGAGAGACAAGAAAGUGGAUUACAAGAACGCUUACGCUGAGUUUGUGGACACCAACAAAAUAACCGCAAAAGACAAGAAGGGCAAGGCCACUGAGUACACUGCGGAAAAGUUCAUUAUUGCCACAGGGGAGAGACCAAGGUACCCUGACAUCCCUGGAGCCAAGGAAUAUGGUAUCACCAGUGAUGACCUGUUCUCCCUACCCUACUGCCCUGGCAAGACGCUAAUGGUCGGAGCCAGCUACGUUUCCCUGGAGUGCGGAGGAUUUCUCAAGGCAAUUGGCCUAGACGUCUCUGUCAUGGUCCGGUCCAUUCUUCUGCGGGGGUUCGACCAACAGAUGGCUGAGAAAAUUGGGGAAUACAUGGACAAGCAUGGAGUCAACUUUGUUCGACCAUGUGUGCCGACAAAGGUGGAGCAGCUAGAGGAGGGGACACCAGGCAGAUACAAGGUGACAGGCAAAUACAGUGAUGGAACCCCCUUCGAGGAUGAGUUUAAUACGGUGUGCUUUGCUAUUGGUCGGGACCCGUGUACAGAAAGAAUUGGAUUGGACAAGGCAGGAGUUACGACAAACAAGACUGGCUUCAUCCCUGUUGACGACAAUGAACAAACAAACAUAUCUAACAUCUUCGCUAUUGGAGACAUCCUGGAGGGCAAACCGGAACUUACCCCUGUGGCUAUUAAAGCCGGACAGUUACUGGCCAAGAGAAUGUUCACAGACGCUACUGUACAGACGGAGUACAAGAAAGUGGCAACCACAGUUUUUACUCCGAUAGAGUAUGGCUGUAUAGGUUAUUCUGAGGAAGAUGCUGCGAAGGAAUUUGGAGAGGGAAAUAUAGAGGUUUACCACACCAAUUUCCACCCUCUAGAGUGGACGGUGGCGCAGAGGGAGAACAACGCCUGCUAUGCCAAACUCAUCUGUCUCAUUCCCGAUGAUAUGCGUGUAAUAGGAUUCCAUGUGAUAGGUCCUAAUGCAGGGGAGAUUACUCAGGGUUUCGCGGUAGCAAUGAAACUGAAUGCCACCAAGGCAGACUUUGAUUCCACUAUCGGCAUUCACCCCACAUGCGCCGAGGUCAUGACAGUACUGGAUGUGACAAAGCGUAGCGGUGGUGAUAUCAGCCAGUCUGGUUGCUGAGGUUAAUCCCUGCUGCUGAUUUCUACCACAGAUCCAAUGUAACCAGUCGACUCUAGACAAUGAGACUAUUGGAGCACCAGAGAAGAUGGAUAUUUAAAAGAAAUUGUAAUGAACUUUGUAACUUUUAAGAAUGUGUUUUUAAUGAAAUCAGUAUCAGCUCUUUACAAGACUUAGUGAUCAUAUCAAAAUAUACAAAUAUCUUGGUAAGGAUAGUGAAAGAGAAAAUAUGGAAGAUAUCAUCAGUGCUUUAAAACAAAAUGUGACAUUUUAAAAAAGAGAGUUAUUUUGUGAUCUAAAGUUAAAACUAAUUAAUAUACAUUGCUUAGACAACAUAUGUUUAAGGUUGUUAAUGAUAGAUAUAAAUAACAGUGCUUUAAAAAGUGGUAAAAAAAAUGAACAAAUACUAGAUGUCCAUUUUUAAAGGUGCCAAUUGUGUCUUAUGGAAAGUGUGCGGACUGGUUUUGUGAUUAGUGGUUUCAGCAGCAGGGCUACCCUGAAUUUAAGUGAAUCAGUCUUGGUUAGACAGACUGUGCUCUGUUACUAUGAUGGACUGGUUUGUAAACUCCUGUUGGAGCUAAACCAGUCUUGAUGUUACCUUGGUUGAUUCACUAUACGUGAACGAAAGUUUACUUAAUCUUGGCUUGUCUUUGGCUAACUGGACAUACUCAUAGUAUGAUGGAGUAAUAAAUUACUGAAAAGAGUAUUAAUGAGAGUUUGGAAAAUUCUUUUCAAAUAAGCUGGGGUAAAGAUUACUAAAUGGUGUGAUCAUUCAAUCGUUUAAAAUAUUUUUAUAUUUUUUCCCCACAUUUGCAUGAAUCCAUGUGAAAGAUGCUAUAAUAAAUGGUACAUAUUGGUAUUAGAUCUUCAUAAAUCUGCUGAAUUAUAUCAUUUUCAAGGUCAUAAGAGGCAUGGGUAGUUGUUUACUAUUAAUAUUGCCAAGUACUUUAUUGAUAUGUUUUUCGACAUUAGUCUUUCUGGCAUUAUACUAUGACUAUUUGUAAGCCAAUCACAAGCCUUUAACAUUUUGUGAUAAAUAUGUGACCAAAAAGUGCUUUAUAAAGCACAGUGCUUAGUGUUUACACAAUAAUUGUGUAUAAUUAUGAAGAUAAAUUCUUGAAGUGACAUGAAUCAUGAUUUAAAUGAAAGUGUGCUUGUUUCUUUGGCUAUUGUAACAACAUACUCUAUCUUCAUUGACAAAAAUAAAUUAUAAUUAUGUAUGAUCUUGAAGUUGACGCCUUUGUAAAUAAACUAUUCAAACUGUAAAUUUGUUGUCUUGAUCAGCUUUUGAAUCAAUAAUGUUUAAGUCGUACAAACAUACCAUGGAUUUUAAUAAUUUGGCAAUUAAUAAACGUUUGGAAUACUUUUUAAUGAUGGCUUUGUCACAAGGAUUUGUUAUGUUUUCUCCUCAAAAAUACAGAAUGUCUUUACAUUAGUUUUAUUGUUAUUUUUGUGUAAAAAGCCAGUAACAUCAUAUUUCUAAGUCGUUCUUGCCAGUGAAUUUUUACAUGGAUAGUCAUAUUGGCAACAUUGUGAAAAGUUUCGGGUAUAUUUGUGAGGAGAUUGACAUUUUAGUAUUGUAGAUGUGUUGAAAUUGUUAGACUGUUUGCCUGUAACAGCAAUAUUCUGAAACAAUAAUUACUUGCAUGAUAUGAUAAAAAGUGCUAUUGUUCAGAUGUGUGUUUACUGUUUUGUUGUCUUAGUUUUAUUAUUAUCAAGUUUUUGCUCAUCCAUAAGUGUUUAAUAUUGAAAAAAAUCAUUUACUUUAAAACAAAACAAUUUCAUUUAAAAACAAAAUGAUCGGCUUAAAGUAUUCAGGGACGCUGACAGAUCUACAUCCAAAUCCUGAGAGAUUCUGGUCAAAUGCAGGACUAAGGGGCUAAGAUCUCUGUUGAAUUAAUAUAACAUCUUAAUACAAUUCUUAUCUUUUAAGAUUAUUUCCUGAGAUUUUUGUAGUCGGAUUUAAUGUAGUGGGAUUUAAAGAAAAGUGAUUUUAACAUGAAAUUUAUAUAUUACAUCAAAUAAAUGACAAUUAAGUGUUUUAUAUAUUAUUAAGUUAUUAUAUCAUAUGACAAGUGGGAUAAUUGACAUGGGGAAAAUGGCUUAAGCUGGGGAAUGACUUAAGAUGUUUUAUGAAUACUAGCCCUGAGCCAUUUAGAUCCAAUUCAAGAUACUCUUCUCAUUUAAAUGUAAACAGCCAGCAAACAGUAAACUGUACAACUAUUCUAUUAUCUGAAAUUGAAAGCCCUCAACCCUGGUUCCUGAGCUGUAUCAUCCCUUAGUAAUAGUAGGUAUAUCUUACACUGUACCCAAACUAAGAUGAAACAAGUUCAUAUUAUACUAAAUUAUAAAUAAAUCCAGUAUGAAAUGGCA